GCCAUAUUGAAUCUCUCGUGCCGUCUCGUGCGUUGUGCCUCUGAAUCCGUGUCAGUGACGGAUUAAUCACGCGUGUCCACUGCCAUACAUCUCUCACCCGAAGAAGGCGUGUCACUCCCCCGGCAAUCACAUCAGCGUCUCUUUGUCCCCGUCGCCGUCUGUCGGUACCGGGCUGUGCUGCUGGAGUCAUGGCGGCGGCGCCCGUGAAUCCGCGCACCGGGAGCCCGAGAGCGCAGCUGCCGCCGUGCUAUUACGAGGGAUAUCUGGAGAAAAGAGGACCGAAGGAGAAGGUAGCUCGCCGUUUGUGGACCUGCUUAUGUGGAAAUGCGUUAUACUUCUACAACAAUGCUAAAGACCCACAAUAUGUAGAGAAGUUGGAUCUGAGUGGAUUUGUGUCUCUGAUUGACGACCCAAGCCGUGACAGAAACCUAGAAGCAGCGCGACUAAACCUGCGAAUGAAGGAUGGAGAAAUCAAACUUACUGCUCCCAAUCUAGAAGCCCGUGAGAUGUGGAAAGGGUUCCUCUACUCUGUAGUAGAUCUGGCCGUGCCCACCACCCUCACCCUCCUGCCCGGGCAGCUUCACAUGCUGAGGGAGGUCGUAGAGAAGGAAAAACUGCGACGGAGGGCUCGCGCUGCAUCCCGAGCUCCCGCGUCCCCCCUCUCCCUGCCGCUGGUGGGGGAAAUACCUGCGUGUUUCAGACCUGUAUCUCGUACUGAAGCUGAAGUGUUGUUGGAAAGACAUCCAGACUCUGGAAACAUGCUUCUCCGACCGGGAAGAGAUGGGACUUCACUCGCCGUCACCACACGACAAGACCUGAACGGGUCUGUGUUCAGACACUACAGAGUGACACAGAAGCAGCAGGGUGGUUAUAUCAUCGAUGUGGAAAACCCAAUCCCCUGUCCCACCCUUCAUGAUGUCAUCAACGCUCUCAUGGAGAAAACCGCCGGCACGCUUCAGCCCUUUAUAUUAGAGGAGCCGUAUGAAGAAAACAUCACGUUUGUGUCAUCCAACGAUGAAAACGGCGAGAGGACUCUUCACUGCGCUCCCACAGGACCCCUCUCCAGAGCUCCUGCCCUGCCUCCUAAACAAGUAGGUACAGACAGAUGGACCCUACGAUCGCAGACGAGGUCUCCCAGUUCCUCCCCUCGAUCAUUUUCACCAACCGGUUCCCCAUCAAACUCAAUGAGAAGGCUGGUUCUGUCUCCCUCACCUCUUUCACAAAGCCUCACAGAAGAGCUCAAACAGAAGCUGGAGAAAAGACGGACCAGUCAAGAGUGAUUUCCUACUGAUGACUCCGCCCACCCGCCACGCCCACCCUCUGUCGUCUUAUUCUGCCAGUGCCUUCCAAUAAUGACUUCCGACCCCUCACACAGACACGGAUUCUCCGUAAUCAGCAAUCUUCCCUCUGUGUGACUGUAUACUACUGCCGCUUUAUUUGAUCCUAUAAACAGCACAAACACCAGAGAGCCGAGGUCGCUCAACUAUCCUGCCUCAUGCCACUUCAGCAUGGAAAAUUAUCCUCAGAGAUUUUGGAAACUCAGCUGAAAAAUCUGAUCCAGGAUUCUCCGUUUUCAUUAAUAUAACUGAGAUUUAUCCCUCAAAUCAAGAGGACAGUCGCACAUUUAAUAAAGAAGCACAUUGAACAGGUCUCACAAUAAAGGAUUUGAUCGUAUUGCUGAUUUCAAUCAAGUGUUAACUGUGAACUGGGCUGUGAAAUUAAAGUUUAGUGCUCUGAGUGUCUUAGUCCCUACUGAAAAGACCAACCUAAGCUGGUUGAAUGGUUUUUGUUGAUCUCCCAGCUUGGUUUUAGCUGGUUAAGAUGGUAUAUCAUGUUGUUUUUAGAGAGGUUUUGGCCACUUUUUAGCUGGUCAGGCUGGGAGACCAGCUAACCCAUCAGCAAACACAAGCUGACCCACCAGCUUAACCAGGGUGAAAGACCAGCUCUGCCAGACUGGGAGGACCAUCUUAAACCAGUUACUUCCAUCUUAUACCAGCUAAGCUGGUUUAAACUAGUGGGUCAGCUGGUCUUCCAGCCUGACUAGCUUAGAAACCAGCCAGCUACACCAGCUAAAACCAGGUUGGGAGACCAGCUAGAAACUGAUAUAUUUUGAAAUUAAGUAAUGCAUUUGUACAGUUGCAUUAGAAACACUGAAGUCUGUGGGGUUUGAUCUUGUAAAGCUGUCAUUAUUAAAAAUAUAACAGAGACAGUUCAGCGUUCUGAAGUUCAGUGUUUCUAAGAUUUGUAAGCAUUUGGGUUGAUAGAUGGUUGCAUCUUUAUUUCCUGUGGCAGUCUUUAAUCAACAUGCAUGGUGCUACUGUGACUUUGUAGAUAUCUGUUUUCAUGUGAUGUUAAAAUGAUUUCUUUGCUAUUUAUAAUCGUAAUAUUUAUGGGAAUAAAGGGAAGGUUUUGUAGAAGUUAUAAGUUAUUAUCCUUGCAUAA